CAUGCGAAUGAGCGCAGUAACAACCAUCAGCCUUUCCUGACUGCGCAGCGCAGACUGGAUUGUGUCGCACGAUUCCAGGAUUCCCGCAUCACUGUGCGCCUGCAGCGUCACAAGAUGAGUCCUUCCUCACGAUGCGUGUGACUGUGGAUUUGUUAUUUGGCCUCCAUCACUGUAAGGGUGGAAGUGACACAUCCGCACCGUGUGACAGCUUCUCCGUGGACGCUGAAGGUUGACAGGAUCUGCUGAGGAUGCGCCCCGAGCGCACAGUUGAUCUGUGUUGAUGACGGGCUCCUCGGGGCCGCUUCAGCUCCUGUUUCAGCGCGGAAAGGAUUAUUUGUUUUUAUACACCAGGAGGAGAAAUGGGGAGCACGACCUCCUGCUGCGUGUCUGGCAGCCCCAAGCUGCGGAGAAAUGCCCACUCCAGGCUGGAGCCAUACCCCCAGGAGUCGGAUCUGAGCAGGGAGGAGACGGCGUGCAACCUACAGCACAUCAGCGACAGGGAAAACAUCGACGAGUUGAACAUGGAGUACAACCCAUCAGACCAUCCUCGGGCCAGCACUAUAUUCUUGAGCAAAUCUCAUAAUGACGAUGUGAUUUACAGGAAUGUGCGAGAAAAACGAAAGAGCCUCGUCAUCAAUAAUCUUCCUUUUCUCAUUUCUGUCCAUCUUUUGCUUCCUGUCUUCCAGAAAUCAGAGGUUCCGCUGGACUACAACCAGCAUGACCCGGAGCAGAAGCAGAUCUACCGCUUCGUCAGAACCCUGUUCAGCGCUGCUCAGCUCACUGCUGAAUGUGCCAUCGUCACACUGGUGUACCUGGAGCGACUGCUGACCUACGCAGAGAUUGACAUCUGUCCUGGAAACUGGAAGAGGAUUGUUCUGGGCGCCAUUCUGCUCGCCUCAAAGGUCUGGGAUGACCAGGCUGUCUGGAACGUCGACUACUGUCAGAUCCUCAAGGACAUAACCGUGGAAGACAUGAAUGAACUGGAGCGCCAGUUCCUGGAGCUGCUGCAGUUCAACAUCAACGUUCCGUCCAGCGUCUACGCCAAGUACUACUUCGACCUGCGAUCGCUGUCAGAGUCCAACAACCUAAGCUUCCCGCUGGAGCCGCUCAGCAGGGAAAAGGCCCAGAAGUUAGAGGCAAUUUCCAGACUUUGUGAUGACAAAUACAAAGACAUCCGGCGAGCAGCCAGGAAACGCUCGGCCAGCAUGGACAACCUGUGUGGGAGACGAUGGGUUCCUGCAAUCCUCUCCUAACCACUGAUCACCGUCCAGGAGCCUCACGGCACUGACUGGACCACAGACAGCAAACCUUCUGGUUCCUCUGGAUCCUCAGUGCAGAACUUGAUGGAUCUAUGUGCAACACUGGAGUUGGAAGAUAAAACACCAGAGAAGUUUGUUCCUUAACAUGAUGCCUUCGCAGUGCCUCGACUUGUCUACUGACUGGGAAGAUGCAGGAAUUUUGGAGUUUUCUUUCACCUGUGAAAAGACAAACAGCUUUGGAUCGAGUUCUGGGUGAGGAGAAGCCUUUCAGGACAUGACUGUGAAACAUCUGCUCAUGUUUCUAGGCUUCUCCUGAAUUUGUCUUAAGAUAAACGUCUAAUAUAAUAUUUUGUUCAGACAACCGUACAAAGAGUAUCAUUUAUUUUGCUCUGCAAUUCAAACAUUAGCCUAGUAUAGAGCUUUUUAUUUAUUUAUUUCCUUUUUAUAGUCUUCUAAACAAUGAAAGUGGUCUUGAAGGUUUACAGUAUUUCUGGAGUACCUCUUAAUACUCAGGUAGAACAUUAAAUAUGUCAAUUCCCUGUGAUGCUCCAUAUUUUAUAUAUAAGGACGGGAACAUUUGGAAGUAGCUCAGACUGUACAUAGAAGGUGGCAGGAAUGAUAAAAUUAGUAAAAAUGUUCAUUCAGACAUGAGUGACAGUUUCUUCUUUUGGGUUAAACAAUAGCAGGAAAGUUUGUUUUUUUCUAAAUAGUGUUUAUAACAUAAAAUCCAUAUUUUUCCCCCCCAAUUAUCAGUAUUACUAUGAUCUUGAUGUCAGUUUUAACAUGUUUUUCACAGUGGACUACAGAACACCUCACUCUUAUUGGCUCCAUUAAGUAUUAGGAUUAAUCCUUAAUGAGAACAUAGAGCAGCCGAGAAGUAAAACCAUCUUGUCGGGACUCUUUGUGUCCAUAAAGAUCUUUCUGUUAAACUCUUUUCAGAAUAAAAAAAAAUUCUAAAUCGAGUUAUUUUGUGAAAUUUUCUCAAAGGAUUGAUUUUGUGCUGACAGGUCAGCCGAUACUUUAAAUGUUGAAAAGUUUCUUUAAAGACACAAUGCAGGGUUUUUUUGAAGUAGGGCGUUAAGAUGGAGAAUCAUGCGUUCACACUGCAGCAUGAAGUGACUCAAUUCCGAUUUUUUGGCAAUUCCGAUGUUUUUGCCGGGGCCGUUCAC